GGCACCCAAUAUAUCGCGCAGCUCCUCUAGCUCCAGUUACAGCGGCGGCGAUUCCCAUGAGCACCUUAAUGCUAGCACAAACUCGACUGUAACAGCCUCGACCGCCCAUCCUGGAAGUGUUUCCAGCAGUCAACGACGCGCAAUGGCCGCAAAGCAGACGGAACAGGAGCACCGCAUCCGUCGAUCGAGAUCAUUACAACUCACCGAGCGCUCUCCAAAUCGAACUCACAAAUCAACCGUCAACGUGAGUGCUGUGACCGCCCAGCAGCAACAGGCGUCAGGAUCCUCAUAUCAGCAACCCCGUGCCUCAGGCGGUGGAGUGUUUCCACCCAUUAUUCGCGCCUCUGCAGCCGCAGCUAAGAUGCAUAUGCAUGUCAACCCGCCUGCGCCGCCGGUGAGAGUGCGACAAAACGAGGCGGACAAGGCGCGCUCCUUUGACUUUGACUACAACAACUACAAUCGCACUGGAGGCGCAAAGGGUACAGGCCGAACGGCUCAUAAAAGUGGCAGCGGAGGAGAUAGCGGAAGCAACCAGAAUCUGCGGGCUGAGUCCCGCUCUUUUGACGACGAUUUUCGCGAAGCAGUGCCUAACAACAACAACGGCAGCAAUGGGAGCGGGUUGAGGUUUCUACAGCUUACCACCGAUUCCGGACACGUGUCGAUGGCCUCUUCGUCUUCAUCCCGCCUGCGGAAGUCCAGUUCACCCGUUAACGCGUCUGGCAUGGAAUCGUCGCGAUCGCCCCAGUCAUCGGGAUCGUCGUCAACCAAUCUCCACCAGCCAUCGAGACAAUCAGGUAGUCCUCAGAGUUACGGGACACGUCUGUGCGACCAUGAGCUCACAUACGAAAUGCUACGAAAAUCUCCGAUCAUGAACUUUCGUCGGGGAGACAGUAGUGACUACGAGCUGCCGCUAAUGCUUCGGAACAGGGAAACCAUCAACUCUGGAGGCAACAGCGAACUCAACUUUAUGAGUAACGAAACGCGAAUCUACGAACACCCGACAACCGUGCUGAAGCCGCAGCACUCGCUCCGCCAAAGUCCAGGGUCACGGGACGACCUUACCCUAGAGGUUGCAGUCGGAGUGGGUGGUGACUAUAUAUACAGGCAGCAGGCCACCCAACCGCGUAGCAGCAGAGCUCCCAUGUUUGGGACAACCACGGCGACCACCAAAAGCUGCAGCAAAACUCUGGAUACCUGCGACUAUUGGCCUCGCUGCACAGCCUGCCAGGGGAAAAAGACUUUUGAAGCAAUUAUGAGGGACCAGUCCGAGGGCACCGCAUCUUCUAUCAAUCUGGAGCAUUGGCAGCCUUACGUCACUUCAGUGACUGUUAACAAAGACCCCGCUGCCCUGAGCACAAAGCAGUCAGGUGUAGACAAAUCUAAUCUGUCGUGGACCUUCUUGUGUAGCGGAAUUGCCACCAUUUGCAAUCGCUUGGCGACAAAGGAAGGUGAAGAGGAAGUGGCGGCAGAGGAGAAGGAUAUUGCGCCCAGAUACAGCCAGGAUGGGCAGGACCAAGACCAAGAGAAGGUCGUAAGCGACAAGUGCCACAGGAGGCGACGCAGUCGGUCUCUACCAAGUCAGAUGCCUCGGAUACAUCAACUUGCGGGAAACCAAAAAAAUGGAAACCAUGGAAAAAGGAUAAACAGUGUCCCUGCUGUCGGAUUGUCUCAGCAGAUGAAGGCUGUAUCCAGUCCCACGUUAUCAGAGCCCUUCAUAGAGCUGCCGCAACAAAAGCCAGUAGAGAACACGGAUGUGGCAGUAGCGGGCAGUAGCGGCGGAAAUGGCGGCGGCGGCCUGGGCGUUUUGCAGAAAUUCAAGCGCACUUUGAACAACUUUAAUAAGAACCAAAUGCACAUUAUUUCGCUACCGCCGUCGCCAACAGUCAGCAAUCCGCCAAAGACGUCGCCUACAACACCGUCAGUGUCCAUCACAGCUCCAGCACCGACGACGACAGUCAGCGAGCCUGGCGCAGAGGGUGGUGAUGCAACCUCAGGCAAAUACCGAUUUGGACCUCUAAUUUGGCGCACGUCUAAGGAGCGGCGAAAGGCAAAGUACAACCGACGUGACAAGUGCAACUCCGGCGAUUCGGGAAUCCAGAUUGAGCUGGAGCAGGAUGAGCAAUACUCUCGUGCGCUAGCGACCAAUAGCCUGGGGGGAGCGGCUGCUUCGCCAAGUGCAGCCGACUUAAAAGUGCGUUCAAUUCGUCGUACCAAUUCGGCAAAGGUGAGCAGCAUUCUCGGACCCUUUGCUGUAAGGGCCAAAAACGCCAGACAUCUAAACAUGGGGGAUUCUGGAAAAGGGGAACGUGAAGCGCCCGAGUCUCUGCCCACAAGAUCGCUAAGCCAACCUAAUGGCCUGGAGUCCUACGGCAUGGUGCACCCGGAUCAAGACGACAGCGACAGUGAUAGUGUCGCGUCGAACGAAGAAGCUAUCAGCUACUACCCAACCAUCUACGCCGAAGUGCUCUACAACUUUACGGCUGGCGGACCACAAGAGCUUGGCCUGGAGCGGGGAAUGCUCAUUGAAAUAUUGCGCAAGGAGGUUGGACCUUGGUGGUUUGGCCGCAUUAAGAAGGAGGACACCAAUCUCGUGGAGGAAAUUCUGGAUCCUGAGCUGGGCUGGUUCCCUAAGGAGUUUGUGCGCAUUAUUCACUGUCCUGAAACGGACAUCUUCUUUAACGCGCACAGGGCUGCCGCUGCUAAGGCUGAGGAGGGCAUAGCUCGUGAGGAUGAAGGGUCCAUUCCUGUUCCAGUUGCGACGUUUGCCGAAGACGGAGACGUAACCGUGACUACGGACCAAAGCAACGUCACCCUUAUUGUCAUCGAAUCGCCACCAAACCCGCUGAGUGCCCAGCUAAACCACAACACAAUCCUGCGCCGAAGUGCUGUGCGUGAACUACUUGACACGGAGAUCAAUUAUGUCAAACUGCUGGCAUCCAUUUGCGAUGGGUAUCUCCCUGCCAUGAGCAAGCGCAUCGAUAUAUUCUCGCCAAACAGCAUUCGCCUCAUCUUUUCCAACAUUACGGCUAUUUAUAAGUUCCAGAGAAAGUUUCUCGAGGCUCUGCGACGUGGAAUCGAACAAAACCAGAUUGCAAAAGUUUUUCUUAAAAUGCACAAAGGAUUUCUAUGCUACUCCAGCUACUGCAACGCUUAUCCCCGAGCCCUAAUAGAACUUGAGACUUACGAUCGCGUAAAGGACGCCCGCACUAUCUUAGAAAACUGCCGCGAGUCAGAAAACCUGGCAGAACUUCCGCUCUCCGCCCACCUGCUGGCACCGGUGCAACGCAUAUGCCGCUAUCCCCUCCAUCUCAACGAGAUUAUUAAGUCGGCAUUGGAAAACGCGGUCAAGGUUGCGGACGAAAUAGAUGGUGGAAAGCCAAGUGCCGCCGCCGACUAUGAGCAACUUGACGUCAGUGAACUGGACAUACCCGACUCCCAAGAUACUGUCAAUUUGGCGCUGGAGGCCAUGCGUGGCAUCACAGAGGCGGUUAAUGAGGGAAAACGGCACAGCGAGACGAUUGCAAGGCACCAGGCCAGCUUUCAGAACUUUAAAGGGCCGCCGCUGCACUUGCACAGUGCUCGUUUCUUCCUGCAGGUCGAUGCGACCCGCCAGAAACAAAAUCUGUGGAACAGCAGCUACACUAUGUUUCUAUUCGAUAACCAGCUGGUCUACUGCAAACGUGAUAUUAUCAAGCGUAGUCAUUUCAUCUACAAAGGACGCAUUUUUUUGGACCGCUGUCGCGUUGUGAACGUGAGGGACGGAAAGAUGUUUGGGCACACCAUCAAGAACUCACUACGCAUCUACUGCGAGUCGCGCGACAAAUGGUACGACUUCAGUUUCCGGUCGGCGAACCGAAAGCACCGCUUCCUAAACACCCUCGCCCUGGAACGUCAGUUUGGAGGCAAAGCUUUAUAUGUAUCGGAAAUGACUGGCUUCGAGUACAAUUACGAGGAACGGCCGGGCGACUGCUCCGACCAAUCGGACUACGAGGCACAAGACUUGGAAUUAGCCGCUACGGGAGCCACUUCUGCUAGUGGUGAGGGCUCGGUGCCGGAGUCACCAGCCAAAUCCGCUUCUCGCCUUUGUGAGACGUUGCCCAAAAAAUCGCAGUCCAGGGAUGGCAUAUCCAGCGCAGACACAGCAAACACUCAAAUAUUGCCCACCACAUCUACAGGUUCGCUGGGAAGGCGCCAUUUCGGCAACUGGUUCCGUAAGCCAAAGAGCGCCAACUGCACACCGAGUCAGUCGCCGACGCACAAGCCGGGAUUUGACGCGGACGCGACGCUGACGGAAGCCCGGGUAGCUGCAAUGGAACUGGCCGAAGCCGCGGCUGCGCUAGUGCCGAUGGACAGUUCGUCCGCGUAAACUCUCGACCCAGUUUAGAUAAGAAUUGCAAAAACCCACAGCAUACAACAUACAAGAUACAAGCUGAUGUACUCGUACAUAUAGUAUAAAAUAUUUGUUACAAUAAUAUUAAAUUCCCUUUUAUCAUAGUAACAGGUAAUUGAAUGCGUGUUACAUUCUGAUUGAGUUUAUGUUAGUGUUACUUUUUAUUUAAUUGAAAAUUAUGUUUGUUUUUGUUUAAACCGUUUGUCGUUUAAAUCCCCAAUGUCUGUCACAGGUUUGUGGACGAGCAAAUAGUAAUGAGGAAUUAAGAAUUGUAUUAAAAAAAAAACAA